AUGUAUUUUUUCAAUUCUAUUACACCCUUUAGACGACAUCAUUUCUUAUCGAUAACAAGUGCUAGUAUUAUAAGUUAUUUGUACUAUCAUAUAUUUGUUAGAAACAUAUCAACGCAAGCUCUAUCGCCUUUAAAAUAUUCUAGAAUAAUAAGUAUAUUUGACGCCAAUUCUAAAUAUACACCAUCACUUAGGAAUCUGUUAAACAAUUCGAAUUACUUAUAUAUAAGCAAGUUACAUAUAAACACAUCGCACCAAUAUUGUCAAAAUAAAUCAUACAGCUCUUCAACACAACAAACAACAUACGAUACAGCAUUUAAGCACUCGAUACUGGACAUGAAAAGAACUGAAGCUGGGGAGGAGCCGGAAUGGGUCAGAGAGUCGAAGAACUAUAACCACGAGGCGUUUGAUAACACGGGAAGCGUGUACAUACCGGAUCUGGGCGUGGUAGCAACGAAUUACAAGCACAAACUAAGCGGGUUCAACGUAAUGUCGCUGAAAACGCACAUAAACUCGGGGAAGGAGAUGUGCUUUGAUCUGUGUGUGCCAACGCCGCCGCUUAACAGUAAGGGAUCGCCUCACGUUUUGGAGCACUCAGUGCUAGCAGGGACACCCAAGUACCCAUCAAAGGACGCCUUCUCGAUCCUGAUUCAGGGAGGAUUCACAAGUUUCCUGAACGCAGUAACAUAUAAGGAUAGAACGUCGUACCUGUUCUCGUCAACAAACGAAAAGGGAUUCUAUCAAGUAGCAGACGUGUACAUGGAUUCGUUCUUUAGACCGAACGUAACGAAAGAUAAGAUGAUCUUUGACCAGGAGUGCUGGCACUACAGAGUCACAGACGGCUCCGCAGAUAAAAGCGACGCAGACAUAGUGUUGCACGACCGCACAAUAGGAUUUGCAGGAAUCGUGUACAGCGAAAUGAAGCAGAGGUCGUCAGAUUCAGCAGCACUGUUUUAUUACAUGACAUACGAGAACCUGUUCAACAACAGCUACAAGUACAUCAGCGGAGGAGCGCCGAAGGACAUAGUGGACCUGACGCACCAGGAGCUGGUUAACUUUUACAACCUGUACUACGGACCAAGAACGUCGAUCCUGUACUUUUACGGACCCUACGAAUUGAAAAAUAGACUGGAUUUCGUAGAUAAGUACCUGAAAACGUACAAUAUAGGAAUAAGUAAGGACCCGAAAACGGGAAAACUGUCACACAACGCAAACCUGGAGUCGGCAGACUCGAACAUAGAGUUUGAAGAGUACAAGGAUAAGCCAAAGUACGCAUCAUCGCAGUUUAGUUCAGCGAACGCGAACGAGGACGAGUUCAUGAUAUCAUGGCUACUGGAUCCAGUGCACAAGGGGUCGAAGGAUAGAUAUAAAAUAGACUUCGUGGACAACAUAGGAUUCCAAGUAUUGCAGUACUUGUUGAUGGGCACGCCAGAAAGUGUCCUGUACAAGGCGCUCAUAGACUCAAAUUUGGGGAACAAGGUAAUAGGCUCAGGCUUUUCAGGUGAAUAUAAGCAGUCGCUGUUCUCAGUGGGACUAAAGGGAGUGGAUAAGCUGAAACACGGGUCAAAGGAGGAAAUGGUGCAAAAGUUCGAAAAGGUGGUUUUUGAUACACUGAAGAAAAUUAAAGAAGAGGGGUUUAAGAGAGAUGCAAUAGACGCAGGCUUGAAUAUGGUGGAGUUUGAAAUGAGGGAAUUGAACAGCGGAUAUUACCCCAAGGGGCUGAUGCUGAUAAGUCUGAUGCAGACGCAGUUUCAAUACGGUAGGGACCCCUUCGGACUGCUGAAGUUUGACACCCUGAUGUCUGAGCUAAGGAAGAGGAUUUUCAGUGAUGAUCCUUCGAAGUACUUCGUUAACCUCCUAGAAAAGCACAUGUUGAACAACACAACGAGAGUGACUCUGCACAUGGAAGCAGUAGAGUCGAAAGAGUAUGAAAAGGAGUUCAACAAGAAGAUUGCAGAAAAACUGGAAAGUAGGCUGUCCCAUUUAUCAAAAGAGGAAGUAGAUAAAAUGGAAGAAUAUUACAACAAUUUCAAAAAGGACAGACUGAAGGCUGAGGGUGAUGAUGUACUAAAUUCCUUUGAAACCCUGGAGUUAUCGGACGUCUGCAGAGAGCAGGAAACAAUUCCAACGAAAUCAUACAAGUUAUCGGAAAACACGCUAACAGACUGUAAAUCACAUGACACUAAUUUGGACGAUAAAACAAUACUGGUACACACGCACCCGCUAGAAUCGCAUGGGAUUUUAUACAUGGAGUAUGCGUUGGCGUUGGAUGGAUUCACAGUGGAUGACCUCAAAUAUUUAGGAUUAUUUGCAUCAAUGUUAAGGGAAUCGGGCACCGACAAGUUGACUCCGGAGGAAGUGAGCUACUUGGUCGACAAGAACCUGGGUGGAGUGUCAUUCAGCACAUACUUCACCACCGAGUCAAACAACCAGACCUACGAUGAUCCAACCAAAGGCCUUGGCUACUUGGUGGUGAGAUCGAAGUCACUCAAGCAUAAAACGGACCAGAUGGUUGAUAUCGUGAAUGACUUACUGGAGAACGCAAACUUCUCGAACUCGAGAAAGGGACUGGAAUUAGCCAAGCGCAGUUUAAGCAUAUUCCAGUCAAAUGUUGCAAAUGAAGGGCACGAGUUUGCCUCUUUGAGAUUAUCUAGUAGGUUUUCAGUGUCCAGUUAUGCCGAGGAAUUGGUUAAUGGUUACUCGCAGCUGGUGUUUUUGAGAGACGAACUGGUGCCACUUGCGGAGAAGGACUGGUCAAAAGUUGAGUCGAAGCUGAACGAAAUCAGACAGAAGUUGAUGAACGUGAAGAACUUGACUGUCAACUUAACAGGAGACCAAGAACUGCUCGACUCCUUCCUCAAAAACGCUACUCAGUACCACAGUAAGCUGACAUCGACGUUUAAGUCAGGCCAACAGAAGACUCAGACGAAAGUGUGGGUAGAGGAAGUGCUGAAAAACAAGUUGCUGGAGUCCACAAAUAAGGAUGAGUUGAUAGUGGCUCCGACAAAUGUUAAUUACGUUGGAAUGGGAGGAAAGUUGUUUGACGGGAAUGAUCAGAUUCUCGGUUCUGACUCACUAGUGUUCCACUACAUAAGAAGAACACACCUCUUCAAGCAAGUUAGGAUGACCCUGGGAGCAUACGGAGCAUUUGCAAGUAUAUCUAGCACAGGGCACAUGAUCUUAGUGUCAUACGCGGAUCCGAACUUUGAAAAAACGCUAGACGUAUAUAGGAACAUUCCAUCGUCGCUGAAGGAGGCAUACGAAACGUUAAACGACAGAGACCUGCUCAGACAAAAAAUAGGAAAACUGAGCCAAUUAGACAAGCCACUUCACGUAGAAAAUAAGUCCUUGCUAUCACUGAAAAGAUUAUUGAGAAAAGAAACGGACGAAUUCAGACAGGAUUUCAGAGAAGAUAUCUUCGACGCAACAAAAGAGUGUUUCAAGAGAAUACAGGAAAAGUUCGAAAAGGGGAAAGAUUGGAAAACCAUAUGCUCAGUAGUAAACAAUACGACCUCAAAGGAAGCCCCGGGAGAAUUUGAGAGAUUAUACAUAAACUAG